CCUGUAAAGUAGGCAAUGUGCUCUCCCCGUCUACCGCGCCGCACUCCGCCCGACUGGAAUGCAGUGGCAGCAGUCAAAGAUGGCGGCUGACUCGGGUAUGGAGACGUGUCCGUCCCCAGAAAUGCCCGAUUCCAGAAAGAGGCCGCUGGACAGUGAAACGGAAAAUGGCACCACGAAGAGGUCACACUACGGAGGAGGUACUGAAGGCACAUUCCAUUUUAAAGUGCUGGUUCCUAGUAUAGCAGCGGGUGCCAUCAUAGGCAAGGGAGGCGAAACAAUAGCUCAUCUGCAGAAAGAUGCGGGAGCCAGAGUCAAAAUGUCUAAAGCCAAUGACUUUUACCCUGGAACGUCUGAACGUGUGUGCCUAAUUUCUGGUAGUAUUGACGCCAUAAUGGCUGUGCUUAUUUUUAUUAUGGAGAAAAUAAAAGAAAAACCAGACCCAAAUGCGAAGCCAGCAAUUGAUUUUGACAAUAAAACGGCAGCAGAAAGAGAGAAGCAGGUCAAGAUCUUGGUGCCCAACAGCACUGCAGGAAUGGUGAUCGGCAAAGGCGGCAACUUCAUCAAGCAAAUUAAAGAAGAGAGUGGAUCUUAUGUACAGAUCUCGCAGAAGGCCAAGGACCAGUCCCUGCAGGAGCGUUGCAUUACUGUGAUAGGUAGAGAUAUAGAGAGCAACAAGGUAGCUUGUCAUUUAAUCUUGCAAAAAGUGGUGGAAGAUCCUCAGAGUGGAAGCUGUCUUAAUGUUAGCUACGCUGAUGUCACCGGGCCAGUUGCAAAUUUCAACCCAACUGGGUCUCCAUAUGCUAACAUAGUGGCUGGAAGCACUACCGGUCAACCAACUAUGCACAACAGUGCCACUUUCAGCUCAACUUGCAGUCUCAAUUCUGCUAUAACCUCAGGUGUGUUCAAUGCAAUGAGUGGCAUAGUCAGUCACACGGGAUCUAAUCCGCUCAACGGCGGUCCCAGUCUCAACCUCAGCCUUAACCUGAAUGCCCCAGCAGCUGCCAGCAACCCUUCCCUCACUGCCCAAUUGCUGGAGCACAUCAAGGUUACUCUGCGAUCCAGUGGCUACUCUGACCAGGCCACCAUGGAGAUUACUUCGGCCAUGAGUACCCUGGCCACCUACGGCAUCUUGGGCAUGGGGCUGGGCCUGGCCGGCCCGUCCGGGUUGACCGGCGCGCCACAAGCUACUGCCUUUCUACCACCAGGAGUGACCCCCAUGGACGCAGCUCCCUCACAGCCAACCAACGGUGUUGGCAACAACGGAGUCUUUGGCCCGAUCGGCACAAUUGGCGCUGGACUCGGAAAAAUGUCUCCAACUCAGCAGCGAGAGAACUUUGGCCAGUUAGCAGCGGCCGAAGGCCAGACAUUUGAUCCGUUCAGGCACCAGCCAAGCCCAACAAGCAUGGGCUCUCCCAUCAAUGCCACUCUAUCGCUCAAUAAUAAUUCAUUUGGCCUGGGCACUCAGCAGGCAAUCAAUGCCAUGUGCAAGAGUCCCACGCCGGGUGAGCUCAAGGAUAUUAAAAAGGUAGACUUGGAAGUAGGCGAGAAUAUUGUAGGUGCUAUUUUGGGGCCCGGGGGCAGGUCGUUAGUGGAGAUUCAACAUCUCAGUGGUGCUAACAUUCAGAUAUCGAAGAAGGGCACAUUCGCACCUGGCACGAGAAACCGCAUAGUGUCAAUAUCGGGAAUCCCGAACGCGAUUGCCACGGCUCAGUAUCUUAUAGAGCAACGAAUCAAUGAGGAAGAAACUAAACGAGCCCGUAACAAUGUACUCGGCGUGCUGCAAUAAUGAAGGGGGCGCCCUCGGGAAACAACAGCCCUUCUCGCUGUCACAGUGAUAGAAUGAAUCAAUUUUGUUGAAUUCCUUGUCAUAUUUACCGUGUGACGUAUCGCCUGCUCUUCAUUUUUUUAUCCCUUACUCUGAAGGAAACUGCUCUUGUGUGUAGAUUCCUUAUUUACCUUAUAGCAAAGUCUUUUGUUACAUUAUCUUCUAUUCUAUAUAUAUUUACUAUGUUGCCACUGCGAAUUUUAGGUACUUGGGACACGCUAAUUAAUCAAAAAGAUCAAGGUAACUUUGCAUGAAUAUUUAUACAUUACAUAUGACAUAGACACUCACAUAAACAUUAUUAUAUACCAGCCAUUAUCAACCAAUUACGCGCGCAUAUGUAUAUAGAACACCGGCCAUAUUCCCCCGAAGUCGCAUUUUUCAAAAAGCCUGCUUAACUCGUGAGCGAUUCAUUUUCCAAUGAUAAUGUGAUCACAUCUGACAACAGAAGACAAGAACCCUCCCCAUGAUGGCAAGGACUGGAAACUUGCUUUUGGCUGUGUGGCCACUAAUAUUGGUAUUCCAUUUUUUAUUUAGUUGUAAAAUAUCCAAUUUAUUUUUUAGAAAAGUGUACUCCUGCGUAUAAUGAAAUUUGAUUAGUUGAAGCAAAAGCAAAACAAAUAUUGAUUCUAAAGUUAAUUUCGGUUUGGAUUUUCAAAGUUUUGACAAAUUCGCCUCCAGUCCUUGACGUUUUAUAAAUAAUUCUGGAGAGUGAGACAUUGAAUUGUCCAGCCAAUAAUUCGUAGGUUUUUAAUAUGUAACAAAAUGGGGCAAAGGACUUCUUGAUAAACAAUCUUGUAACGACUGAUUAACAUGGUGGUUAGGUUUAAGACGGACUCACGAAACCUGCUAGAGUUGUCAGGGCCCUCCCGGACUUAUUCUGUUCCUUUUCACCUACCCUGAAAUAGCGUUCAGGAUUGCCCGGCCUAAAAUCUCAGCAGGAAAUUAGCAGACUGGUUUUAUACCUGUAAUUAGGGUAACAGGUUUUUGCCUUAAAAUUGUCAUUCCAUUUUGCGAGUUUCUAAUUUUCCAAUGAAGGAAUCAUCACUUGGGCAUUGGGUCGGAUUGGCGAAAAGCAUCACUUGCGGUGCACUAAAUUUUCAUUGAGUAAUGUUUGUGAGCAGAGGAACAGCAAAGCACAAUUGAUUAUGGAUUUCAAAAAAGAUAAUGUGUUAUUAAUAUUUUCUGCAGAUCACAAGUGUUUUUUGAGUAUAAAUUGCAAUGAUUUUGACCUCAUUGUUAAUUGAUUAGCACUGUGAUAAGUGAUGAGAUAAUGUAGCGAAACACAAACUUGUGUGAUUUUUGUGUUUGAUUAUUUUUUAAAGCUGAAGCACAAUUCUAUGCUUGUUGACACUCUGGAGAAACAUAUUUUUUUGUUGAUGUUAGUUUUUACCAACCAUGAAUGGAGGAAAAAUGCGAAGUUGGAAUUGCUUAAUGCUCUGAUUGAUAGAAAGAUAGUUAAAUUCCCAUAUUCAAUUUUGAAAAUUAUUAGACAUUUUUAGACAACACUGCAUGUGCGUGGGGGAAUGGUGGUUUUUCAUGAAAAUCAUAUAAUACUUGUAAAAAAAGAGGAACUAGUCUUUCAAUAAAAACAGCAUGCACAGUGUGUGAUAAUUGAGGCAAAUCGAAAGUAAUAUCCAUCAAUUCACUCAUUAAAAGGAAAAGUAAGAAAUAGUAAUAGCGUAUAAAACCGGCAGAAAUUUAUCCAGUGAAGCGAGAUGUUUGUUAAUAUGUUGUUGAAAUAGAAAAAUGAGCCACUGCGAUGGGUCUACCAGAGAUGUGUGCUCUGCGCAACUCUGAAGGCUUUUCACGAGCUUCAAAUCGCGUUUUCCUUUUGGUGACGGUCCUCUGCUGACUAUUACAGACAAGACGGCUAUCUUGUUAUAUAGCAAAUUUUAAUUACUACAUUCUACUAGGCUUUGAAUUGCAUCUAAUCAUUAUUGAUUAUUUAAAUUUUUGCAUUAUAAUUAUCUUACUAAUAUAAAUCAUGCUUCUUACGUAAAAUUGGAAUUAAAAUUUUAUUCAAUUGAAUAAUUAACCGGUAGGUAAACUUUUUCAAAAUCAACUAAUUACAUUUUAAUAACGUCCAUUCAUGAUAGAGUUAUAGGUAAGAUUUUUCAUAUAUGAAUAUGAAUAGAUGCAUCUAAAUAUAUAUUUACAACUGUUAAAUUACAAUUAGUGUGACAUAUAUAUUAUUUUUCUCUUUUUUUCCCAUCAGUGACAUGUGAUAUUUCAUUCAUCUCUAUAUAAAGCUUGGUAUUUUUAUUUAGUUGUGUCGCUUUGUUUAUUCAAUUUAUUGCAUCCAGCUAAUGACCCAAUUUUUUAAAGUUUUGAUCUACGCGUUUUGCUGUUGAGCAAAAGCGAAUCGAAAAAUGUUACCAUUGACGCUGCUGACCAUAGCAAAUUUGCUAUAUAUGGGCAUAUCCAACAUACUACGCAUAAAAUAAAAGCAAUGCAUGUAACUGAAUUCUACGUUGUGAGGUUGGUGUAUGGGCAUUGUUUUUUUUUUCAACUUUCCAGGCUUGCAAGAAGGCCGUCAUUUUUUUUUUUUUUUUUUAUUAGACAUUGAAAAGGAUUGAAGGCAGUGUAGAUUAAAGUUACAAAAAAUAGUAUACUUCCCAAUUGUCACCUUUGACUUAUAUAGCUAAAAUUGAUCCACGUCUUCAUCUCCAAUUUUUGUAGAAUAUAUAAUAUUUGUUCAUGCAUAGCUUUGAGAACACACCAGUCAUCCUUGGUUGUAUCAGUUGCUACAUAAUUACUGACGCAAAGAGAAAUUAGUCAAGCCAAAUUGAAUUUUGUUUGUUUGUUUUCCACCAUCCACCGUAAAAUACAUAUUAGGAGAAAGUUGGAAAUAAUUAGCAAAUUUUCCACAAAAUGUUGGAAUAGCACUGGUAGCAGUUCUGUGUAGAUUUUAUCUUUACCAAUGUUGCGAAAUAGGUCUGACUUAAUGAAUUUUGAUUUUUUUGCAUAGAUUUAUUGUUUGUUGACUUUGUCUUAAGGUGUUUUGUACAGUCGACUUAAGUGUUGCGAUGAAAAAUUGUUGUAAUACACGAAAAUUACACGCCACUUGUACUGCCUGUUCCGUCAUUUAUAGAACAACAAAUUUUGUAACAUGAUCCCCAAUCGCGUCAUCACAUAACUUACACUUACACAAUAAAAUCUUUUCUCAAAAUUAGUUGAUCCUGUAGCUGUUCCUAUGAAUGAGAUAAAAACACAAACUUGCAACACUCUUACUGUUUUUGAGUAUAGCUGACACACUGGACUAAUAAUAAUUUGUGUGCAUAAUCUGAUGAAAAUUAGUUUAAUUGUUACUUAUGGACAAAAAAUAAAAUGUUAGCAGCGACUUACCAUUAAAAGCAUGAGAAGUAGCCUUGGACUUUGAACCCUGACAUUGUUAAUUAUUAGAAAGGAUCCUUCCAAAUCCACGAAAAAAUGUAAAAUAAAAAAUGUAGCUCUGUUACAUUUGCUGCAUCAAAAGCUCCUAGAAGGAGUCUGUGAGCCAUAAUUAUUAAGCAACAAACAACUUUUUACACAAACUUCGUUGGGUUCAUGCUAUGAUUGUUGAUGUUUUUUUUUGUCAAUCGUCCCUUUAGAUAACACAACAGAGAUUUAGUAAAACAAUACUGAAUGCAAUGCACAUAAUUUCUCUUCUCAAUAAUAAAUUUAGGCCUAAAAAGCGUUACUAAAGAAAAGCAUCUUCUCUUACGUAAUUAUAAUAAAAAAAUGCACCUUUAAAGAAAAAGACUGGAGUCAUUAAAAAUCGUGAUUGCAUAACAACAAUGUGUAUAACAUAAUUACAUUGCAUAGUAAUCAAAUGAAUAAGUGAAAUGUGUAUGAUAUGAAUUCAAUCCUCUUCAAUUGUGUAAUUCAAUUUGUACUGUAAUUAUAAAAAUUCUCUCCUUUAAAUGAGAAUAUCAGCCACUCAUUUAUUGAUUGUAACCAGUCGCGCAUGAUUAAUUACAUUAAUUACAUAAUGUAGCUGUAGCAGUGACCGCCUGAAUUGUUGUAAAAAUUCAAUGGUUCAGCCAAAUUUCAACAGGACUUGGGAAGCAAAGAUGGUUUGCUAGCAGGCAAAACCCUUAAUGAGAUAAUUACACUGAUAACAAAAAAUGUAAUUAGGCACACAAAAGUUAUUAUUGCGAAGUUAUACACAAACAUCACAUUUAAGAUUUUGAGUGGGAGUUGGUUUUCAGUUUUGAUUUCUAGACUUUUUGUAACUGCAUGAGCCGCCUAAUCGGAUUGUACCGUAAUAUUUUCAUUAUUUAGCUGUUACUAUAAUUCUAUAAUCUCUGUUUAAGUAAUGCAUAUACACAAGACACAAUAAGAUUCAUGAUAAGCAGAUUGAGAAGUGCUAAUGAUGAGAAAUUGAAGUGUUUUGACUUGACAAGAAACUUGUUACUUUUAUUAGGUAAAUUUUAUGUGUAUGUACGAUGACAUAAAUCUCACUUAAUAAACAUUAAAAUGCAUAA